AUUCCAAGUCAAACAGGAAAAUGAAAAACAAGUCUGCACUAUAGCAAAGAGGGGAGAGAGGAAAAGUUAUAGAAGCAACGCAACUCGUUUCAAGCAGCCCUGAAGUGUACCUGAGAAAAAUUUUCUUCCUGUUCCCAUCAAAGAUGAUCUGGAGCGUCCUUUUUCCGGGUUUCUUCUUUCUGCAGUCUUGGAGCUGCACUGCCCAGGACUGCCCUAGCAACAAGCAGCUCCUUGUCACAUUAAGCCAAAUUCAGAAACUGCUGUCUGGUCAUGAAGACUCUUACUUUCAGAAGUUAAGCACUAUGAGGAAGAAACUGAACCUGCUGCAAGCCACCAUGCACAGACAUAUCUCCAGAGUUAACGAGACCUGUCCAGACCCUGAGAUCCCAGCCAACAGUAGGAAACUAGGAAAUAUCUUCACUGUGGGUCAUGAGGUGCAUUUUGUGUGUGAUCCUGGAUUUGAGCUGAUUGGGUCAGAAACUAGAAUUUGUGAGAAGUCCACCUACUGGGGUGGCCAGCAGCCUUACUGUCAAAAGAUAGACGGAUGUUCUAGUAAACCUUGCUUAAAUGGUGGAACCUGUGUGGAAGAAGACAAUCAUUUUCUGUGCAUUUGUUCCAGAGCCUGGUCUGGAAAAUACUGUCAGAAUCCUACUAACUCCCAUUGGGCUAGCUGGACCAACUCUUCUUUCAGCAGACAACCUCACUGCACAUCUGCUCAAGGAUCCAUUCAGUGUACUUGUGAUGUUGGUUUCCAGAUGUCUGGAAGAGACAGUAACCUAUGCCAUGAUGUCGAUGAGUGUGAGCUCUACCAAUCUGGACGGUUAUCCCGUAUCUGCAUGUAUGCAUGUGUUAAUACUCCUGGCUCCUACCGGUGCACAUGUCCUCCAGGAUACAACCUUGGCCCUGGGUAUCGUUUCUGCAAAGAUGUAGAUGAGUGUGCUGGUCGUCAGCACAACUGCAGCCAGGAUGAACUGUGUGUGAACACAUUUGGGGGUUUUCAAUGUGUUCGACCUGAAUGUCCAAAAACACGGCAUAACACUAGCUACGUCAAGACUUCCCCAGUACGAUGUGAAAGGAAUCCAUGUCCAGUGGGCAACAAAGUCUGUGCACAGUCUACAUCCUCCAUCUCCUUCCACUAUCAGUCUUUGGUUUCUAACUACACCACUCCUCAUGUACUCUUCAGGAUGUCUGCAAUCCGCCAGCAUGGUGACAGCCUGCGUUUUGCUGUGGUUGGAGGACGGGGUCGUAGGCACUUUGGUGUGCAGAGAGCAAAUAGGCUAACUGGGGAACUGGUGUUAGUCAGCCCUGUAUUGGGGCCCACAGUCUUAGAAGCUGACUUUGAAAUGACAGAGUAUGAUAAACGAGUUUUGUUGGGCAGAUAUAUUUCCAAAGUGAUUGUCUUUGUUUCACAAUAUGAUUUCUAAUCUUAUUACGCAAGACAGCAGAGACUGGUAAAGGAACAAAGUUUUGUAUAAUUCAGAUAUUAAAGUGCUUCAUAUAGAGUGUCUUAAGAGCAUGUAUUUCAAGUCAGUCUUGAAAUGUUAAACCAAUUAGUAAUUGAUUUAUUGAUGUAGUAAACACAUUUGUUUUAUCAGACCAUGCUGUUUACAUUGGCUUGGACAAAUGUAUACAGAUCUGAGGUGCUGAAACAUAUUUUGGUGUGAUAUUAUUAUAGUUACAAGCAUCUAAUGUGUGGAAUCAAGAAAUAAAAAUGAUUGAAUCAGCCUACUUUGAAGUACAAACAAAUAUUCAUUGUCCUGUCUAGGAUUGACUUCUGCCUUGCAUCCAAUGCAUCCAGGAUUGGCUGCAGUUCACUGCAAUUUUAAAAUGUAUUAUGUGGGUUUAUGUUGGGAGAAUGGAUAGCAAACAAUGUCAUCAGUUAAUAAAUUCCUCAAGAUGUCUGCUUCAGUGUUUAGAUAGCGAGUUACUUUUUUUCUCUGAGUCAUUUUAGAGAACUAUGUCAUAUGAAUGUACAUUUUAAAAAGCUUGUUCACUUAGUUA